AUGACGCCCAAGACUCGCUCGGGCGGCGUCCCCGCUGCGAGCCGAGUCUAUCACUCAACCCCCGCCCAGCAGCAAGCACACUUUCCACCACGCAGCAAGGUCGUGCGCACAUAUGGAAAGCAGAAUAGAAAGAAACAAGCAGAGACACCUUCCAAACUCUUGCGACAGCAAACUCUCACUCAAAUCGACUUUGUGUCGAGCUUCGAAGAUCGUGAUCCGAUUGUGUUGAGUGACAGUGAGCAAGACGAGAUGGGGGCUGAUAAUGAAGACGAAGAAGAAGAGCAAGAGAAAGAGAAAGAGCCACAGGAUGAAGAUGACGAGGACGAGGAACCUAUAUCGACUGGUAGAAAACGAAGAGCGGCUGCAAAGAAAGCCCCUGCCAAGAAUAACCAGACAAAACGCCGAAGGACGCUAGGAAAUGAUACAGAUGAGCAACAACCCAAGCCAAAGAAAGAAAAGAAAUCAAGCCGACGAAGGACAAUGGGAGAUGCACCUAGCAGCAGCUCAAACUACCACACCCAAACAUUGACCCAGUUCCUCGGCCGCGAUACAACACCAACCGAGUUUAUCAAGGAUUCUGAAGACGAGGAUAACGACUUCCAGCAGUGGCUAGAAAACCCAAAGAGUCCAAGCCCGAAACAUGUUCGAAAGAAGAAACACGUUUCGCCCGUCAAGACUCCCAAAAUUCUCAAGUCGAUAUUGAAACGCAGGCCGGAAGAGACUCUCCCUCCGCGCGAGGAGUCUGUUGUGCCUCAAACACCACAGAAGCAGACGCCAGGCAAGCGAGCUAAAUCAGUCGAGAUACCUUCAUCGAGCCAGUUGUCUGCGCCGCCAAGUAUAUCAUCUACACCCGCUAGCAUGAUGCUCGAACGGUACGGUCCACCUGAUCGUGUAGAAGCAUCACCCGUUAAAGGAAUAUCAUCACCUGCUGCCCUGUCGCCGCUCAAGGAGCUUAAGGGGAAACCUCGAACGGCGACAACACCGCGGAAGCAUGAGCGCAUCAUUCAAGAUUCUUAUGCUACUGAUAGUUGGGGGUCUGCUGGCCGCACGCCUCUGCGUGAACUGCCUGUGGACUCGCCUAAUAAAACACCCAAAACACCCAAAGAGAUCCUUGAGUCACUGGAAUCAUCUUCUGGAUUGGAUGAGAUUGAGACGCCUACCAAGACGCGCAGAGGUGGUAGUACCGAACUGGGCGGUAGUCAAAGAAGUGGCAGUCCCACACCAAGAAUAAAGAAAGUAUCACCGGGCAGCGGCAAGAAGAGAGUCAUGCUUGAGAUUCCCGAUUCAGAGGAAGAAGAUGAUGAAGAUUUCGGUGACGAUGAGAAUGUGGAUGAGAAUGCCGAGAACACAUUUGUUGCUGGUGCUGAAACGCAGCUUGUUAUGAGCGAGAUUGCUUCAUCAGAGGAAGAGGUUAUGAGAGCCACCUCUUCUGCACAAUCAACAACCGUUACUACUACGAAACGACAGGCCUUUGCUCCCAUAAUGUCGGAGGAAUCUUCCGCGUCGGCUGGUCAAGCAUCAAGCACAUCGCUCCCACCCCUUAGUCCACGACAGACAGAACCCCCUCCUCCCUCAUCAACACCCAAAGCGAGAACUCGUCCAACAAAGCGAGUUCGCAAACCCAUCCACCGUCCACUCCCACCAACUCAAACUCAGCCCUUGGAAUCUCAGCGUGUGCCAUUGGCCACACUGCAAUCACUUACGCCUGCAUCUGCUCGCACAGACGUCCUGCUUCCACUCUCUCAAGACAUGAUCGACGACGUUCUCGAAGGUUACCAGGCCGAUCUUAUCCUCAGCUUCAAAAUCCCCGCACAGGUUGUUCGCUUCUGGCUAUUCGAUGGUGAACUACUACGAUUCAUGGCCUGUGCUGACCCUGGCCGUGUAACCGAGGGUCCAGCCUGGCGCUAUCACCUCACACAGGUUUACGAGCUGAACAACCCCGUUGAAGGAGACGAUAUGCGGGAAGAGGGUUGGAUCGAUGGCGACGUCGGUCGCUACGUAUACUUCCCUCCUGCUGUUGUAGGUCAGCUACUGUGGAAUUUGCGACACGCCAUGUUCAAAGAAGACGCUUCUCAAGAUGAACCAACACAGAUUAUACAAGAUGAGGAUGAUAGCGGAAGAGUUGAUCUCUUAGCCAACUCAUCGCAGCCUGUUCCUCAAGAUAAACAACCGACUCCUACCUCAAGCCUAAGCGUGUCGCAGCAGGUUGAAGCCCAGCUCAAGAGCGACUUUGCUUCGUCAACCCAAUUCCCUCCCUCAGACGACAUUCUCGUCCCCUCAACCCCCGAUGAAGAGACCAAUGACCAACAAAACACCACUCCCCCAGCCCAUAUCCCCUCCUCUCCCACAACCAUCAAACCUCCCCCUCAUCGAACCCCCCGCACAGCAUCUUCCCGCCACGCCUCUCGCCCUUCUCUAGGCAGUACAUCCAAACGACCCACAGUCCGCCCAUCGCAAGCAACCACCGUCUCCCAAGCUUCUACGCCUGAAAAACAACAGUCAUCCUCCAUCCGCCGCCCUCCGCUACACUCAUCCAGCAGCAUCGGACUUCCCGAGAGUCUGUUGGACGGAUACGAUGAGGAUGAAGCGCUGCGUUUGCCACCGGGUUACAAUCCGGACUCGUCGCAGCUGUUGACAAAGAGUCAGAUGCUGCCAGACAGCCUGCUACGCGAUGAUACGAGAGUUCCGCCUGAGAUCUGGGACUCGGAUGAAGAUGAUGAACGACUGUAG